GGGGCCGGAACCCGGCAGGCCGUGCCCCUUCUUCCCCAUCCCAGCCCGUCCUCUCGCGCCCCAUCCCCCCGCCGUGCUUCUGACCCGAUGUUUCCGCCCGCGACGGGAGCGAGCGAGCGAGCGAACGGCCCGAUUGCCACGAGCCCUUUGCUCGGCCCCGGGUGACUCGCUCUGCUUAUCGCAGCUUAGCCAGAGAUGUAUUUUUUUUUUUUUCCUAUGCUUUUUACAGAAUCGGGCUCGUAGCAGCACAAAGCCGAACAACAAGGCUCCAGCUCCGCAUGAGGCUGCAGCUCCCCGGCCGGGCGCGCGGCUCCGGUGGGCGGCACCGAGCUCUGCUGGAAGAGGUACGGACGGGAGAGACAGAGACAGCAGAAUGUGUGAAGGGCCAUCCAAGAUUUCUGGACCCAUUCCUCCAGACCCUACGCUCUUCCCAAACUAUUACAGACGCCCUUUCUCAGCUCGAGGGAGGCUGGAAGGCAAUGCUCAGCGGUUGGAUUUUACCUCUCGCCCCACGGACUCAGCUCCCAGCUCACCCCGUGCUUUGAGCGGUGCCCACCAGCCCCAGCCAGCGCCUCGCAUCCGCCCCAGCGGAAGGGACUUCAUGGAGAAGGGGCAGAAGGGGACGCUCGGCCUCCUGCUGCAGCUCAAGGGGCUCUCUCUCGCUGGGGGUCUGCCAGCAAAGAGGAAAGAGUCCAAGGACCACGAGAAGGAAAACGUGAGGCGAAUAAAGGAGAUUCAGAAGAAGUGCAAAGAGAGGGAGCGGGCCCAGGAGCGCAGCCAGCCCAAACCUGUGAAAGCUCUGUGGAAAUCCCAGAAAUACGAAAACGUGGAGUCAAAGGUGAAGGCCAGACUGCAGGAGAGCUCUCCACCUCCAAACCCAGAGGCUGUGAAUUUCCUGCGGGCGUACUCUCGCUGUGGGCCUGGGAUCAGGCCAGGCAGACCUCUGUCCCCAAAUCCUGCCAGCAUGAAGGCAGGAACAGGCACUGAGGCUCCGCAGACGCUGGCUGCUGAAACCAAGUUGCAGGUGGAGGGCAAUAGCAUUGACUUCAUCAAGCACAACGCUCGCAAUGCCAAGCGGGCCCCGCUGCGGCGCUCCCAGUCCCUGCAGGCCCUGGCUGAGCUGCUGGGACAGAAGCAGAGGGAGCAGGAGGAGUACAACAUCAAGCAGAAGGGCCACGUCCCCCAGUACCUGCUGGAGAGGAAGGAGCAGUGGCGCAGGCAGAUGGAGGAGCAGCUGCGAAGCCGGCCGGAUCCUGACACGCCGCCUGGCCACACCAUGAUGCCUGAGGGCCAGAGGCUGGAGAUGCUCGGCAGCCUGAAGCAGAGCCAGGAGCAGCUGAUAAAGGACCUGGUGAUGCUGCCAAUGCGUGCAGACACCCUCAGCAUUCAGAAGAGGCGAGUAGAGCUCGAGAGGAAGCUCUCCCAGAUUGAAGAGGCACUCAAAAUUUUCUCCAGGCCCAAAGUCUUCAUCAAGCUGGACUCCUGAGCCCAUGGGGCUGCAAGCAGUGUGCUGCUCUGCGUGAGCAUCCCAGGGAAGGGAAGGAGAGGAAGACAAUCGAGGACCCUGCACCCGUAGUGGUGUCAGUACUGUGUCCAACACGCAGUUGGCACCUCUUGCUCUUGCUCCCAGGGCACAUCCAGGGAAAUGGGAGGGAGAGGAGCUAAUUGACUCUGCUGUGCAGUGUGGAGAACAGUUGUCCCCGUGCUGGUUGACUUCUCACAGAGAUCAGCUGUCUGCUUGGAAUUGAUGGCACAGAUCUCGUGGCUUCUUAUUUUUCCAUUUCUAGAAACUGGCAGGAGGUCCCCCGUGCUGCUGCUCUGCUGUUGGUUGUCCUCUUUCCCCCAGGGCACUGCAGGCUUUGCUGCACACAGGGCCUUUGCUCUGGGCUCUGUGCUGACCCAUCCUAAGCACGCAGCCGGUGCCUUUGUCCCCUCCGUCCUGCUGCGUGCGCUCAGUAGCUCAAGGACAGCAAAAAGGCACAGAGCUCCAGUGCUUUCUGCUCAGAGAAGGGCUGGGGUGGAAGCAGGGGAAGCUGGUGAGGUGUCUGGAGCUGUUGUUGUCUGUGGAGUGGGAUGCACUGCAAUAAAGUUGUAGUUUUCCUCC